AUGGAGGCGAGAACGUCGCUCAUUCAAGAAUUUUACGGAUGUCUAGUCUUGCUAAGGCUAUUGACUCCGAACCGAUCGAGGGCCAUCUCGGACAGGUCUGUCGACCCAGCAGUCCCGAGGCGGAACGAAUGGCACGUCUUCCUGGACAGUCUGGCUUGGUUGGCCGACCACAAAGGCGCCGGGGAAACAGUCACAUCCAUCGCUGUCGAACCCUCCCCAGCUCGACCAACAUACUGGGUUGCCAGUAACUCGUACAUCAAGCCAGAGGCGCUCCAACAUGUGAAUAGUGUGUUGUCUGCUCUGCAGCAGGAGACCUCUUUGGAUAGGUCAUCCUCGAGGGAGCUGAUCCGAAAGAUCGCACGCGAUUCUAUCGAAUUUUCUGGUCUCCAUGUUCGAGAAUACUGUCGAAAGUUGAAGAGCACUAUUGCUGCGAUUGAUGCGACGGAGCCCAUUGUGUUACUCGGUAAUGGCAUCGGGCCGAUCCGACUAUUUUGUGGUCUUCUGCUGAUCAUGCUAAUUGCACAGAUGUGA